GUUUUCAGAUUCCUUAUUUUCGAACACUUGCCAGAUUGACACCAAGUUUUUGUCAUUGAAUUACCUGGGCAGCUACCUGUUGCCACAAUCAUCGAAGGGCUGUGUCCUGUCUCUGCCUGAGAAAAACAGAGAGGUGCACAUUAUUGACCUGCAAGCCCCGAACUCAAGCAGUGCUUUCCAGGUGGAUGUCAUUGUGGAUCUAAAGCCUCUGAAGAAUGAUGGCGUGGUGGUUCGGGAUGUCACCUUGCUUCUUAAAUGUGCUAAGUCAGUCAACUGGGUUGUGAAGACCCACAACGUGAUGGGGAAGCUGGAUGUAGUGGCCUCCGAUUCAGUGAGUGUGAGUUCCCAGAUGUCGGUGUCCCAAUCCCCCAAACAAAGCUUGCCAUCAGGACCACAAGCCUUGAUCAAGUGGGCGGAGGAACACAGCUACGGUCCUGUUACAACCUACACCAACACUCCUGUGGCCAACCACUUCAAUAUUCGACUGAGAGAACCAGAUGUGGUGGAUCGUCUGGAGAACAGAUCGCUUCCUGAUCUGUCUAUCCUGCACCACUCUAGUCCUCAGCCAGGAGACGGACCUGCAUCUCGGCGCUCCAGUCUGCCCUUUCCAUUCUCUCCACCAUUGCCUGCAGAUUUCCAUCCCCUGCCCAGUGGCUCUGACCGGCCCUGGGAGGAUGACGAUCUGGAUGAUCAGAGGGCCGUUUUGAAUGUGGGGCUCAGCGUGCAGUGUUUGGACCAGAAGAUGGUGGUCAGCGUAAACAAAAAGAGCCUGCAAGAACAUGGUUUCACUCAUGCCAACCUCACAUUGCAAGACCCAGAAUGCAAAGCGAGAGUCAAUGCCACCCACUACACACUGGAAACUCCUCUCACUGGUUGUCAGACCACCAUAUUUCCUGUGCCCAAUAGUCUCUCGGCUCUCUACAUCAACACUGUGAUAGUAAGUUCUGCUGAGACGAAAGAUUGGAGCAGUGGUCCGGUGAAUUUUGAGGGUCUAGACUCUGAAGACGGACCAUUCUCUAAAGACCCAGUGGAGCCAGAGGGGAUAUUAACAGAAGAAAACCAGCAAGUGUCUAUAAUAGAGUUCAAUUGCUCAUAUAAGAUAAACAAGGCAAUCUCGAGAACACCCCCCAAGCCUGUUCCAGGACCAGCCAGGCCACCAGAGAGCAACACAACGUUUUAUAUGGAGUUGUACGACACCCUGCCAUACAACAGUCCUUCACGGCAAGCCUUCUUCACAGUUUCCCAAGAGCAGGAAGUGUUUGUGCAGAUCACAUCAGCCAUUUCAGAGCCUGGUGUUGGGUUCACCAUCACAUCAUGCUUCAUUUCUCCCAGCUCGGACCCCAGUGUGCCCUCUGACUACUUCGUCAUAGAGACACUUUGCCCCACAGAUGACUCUGUCUACUACAUUCAGAAGGAUUUACCUGUUCAUGCUGAAAAGAUGGAGAAGAAAAUUUUCAGCUUCACUUUUAACUCAAAGUUCAACUUGAAGCUUCUUUAUCUGCACUGUGAGAUGUCUCUGUGCUCCAAGAAUUCUCAGAGGAACCGAGAGUUACCAGAGUGUUUGGCCUGUGAUUCAUUUUCUGUGGACAAAAUUGUGCCACUGAUGAUGAAGACCAAGGUGUUGACGAAGUCACUGGUUGUGGUUGAUCAUCCAGACCUUACAGAUCAUCCUGUUACAAAACCUGACAACCCAAAGGAUCCUACAAACGAGCGAACAAUGUAUCUGAUGGACACUCCAACAGUGAUGGGGAUCGCCUUUGCAGCAUUUGUGAUUGGGGUUCUGUUGACAGGAGCCCUGUGGUUUAUCUACUCACACACAGGUGGGACAGCAGGUACACAGCCGGUCCAGAAGUCUCAGCCUGUGUCAGAACACAGCAGUGCAGCUCCCAGCAUCGGCAGCACGCAGAGCACACCGUGCUCCAGCAGCAGCACGGCAUAG